GUGGCGCGUUCAAGGCACGUAUUGCAUGCAAUAAUUUUUGAAGAAGGUAACGAAGGUGCCAGUUGAUAUUUAUUGGUAGCUGGGUGCAGUGAGGGCAGCCAAUGGCUGCUGCCGGCACUUGGUAUGUGCGCGUGCUGCUGUUUCUGGCCGCUGUCUGGGUGGUGGUGGUGUUCCUCACUGUUGGCCCGCUGUCACUGGUGGGUGGCGGUGGCGGCAGCAGUGGUGCUGUCCUUGUUGGUCGCCUCAACGCAGCUGUCUCCCAGCUGGCUGAGCUGCGUCGGCAAAACGAUGAGCUGCGGCAAAUGCUGGUCGACUUCACAGAGAUUUCUGCCAAUGCUGGCAAUGAUAACACAGCUACCAUCCAGAAGUUGAAGCAUAAGCUGGCUGAAGCACCUCAGCGUUUGUCAAUGUCAGAGCCUAGCCUGGAGUACGAGCUGGCGCGAAGGCAGAGCCGGCGCGACGCGGACGAGCUGUGGCGCUUUGUGCGCGGUGAGCUGACUGCUUGGCGCAAGGACGACUCCGCAAAAGCUCCGCCGGUGGCCAGGAGGCUGGAGAAACUGCAGGACAGCGUGCGACAGUAUCACGCGGUAAUACGCGGUGAUCUGGCCAACCUGACCGUGGCCGAUGGCUGGGAGACGUGGCGCCGACGAGAGGCCGAUCAGCUGGGCGACCUGAUGCGGCGCCGGAUCGACUUUCUGCAGAAUCCGCCAGACUGCGCCACCGCCAAAAAGCUUGUCUGCAAUCUGAACAAGGUCUGCGGGUUCGGCUGUCAGCUCCACCACGUCGCCUACUGCCUUACCGUGGCGUACGGCACGGGGCGCACGCUGGUUCUCAACUCGCGCAACUGGCGUUACAACCGCGCCGGCUGGGAGCAGGUGUUUCAGCCGCUGAGCGGCACGUGCCAGGACACCGGCGGACGCUCCAAGGCAGCCUGGCCCGGCACGGCCGACACCCAGGUGCUAACGCUCCCCAUCAUAGACGUAGUGAGCCCCCGACCGCCAUACCUGCCGCUCGCGGUACCGGCCGACCUGGCGGACCGACUGGCCCGCCUGCACGGCGACCCCAGUGUCUGGUUCACGGCCCAGUUCGUGAGGUACCUGAUGAGGCCGCAGCAGCACCUACAGAACGACCUGGACGCGUUCGUGAAACGGGUCCAACUGCGAAACCCCUGCGUCGGGAUACACGUGCGUCGCACGGACAAGGUGGGCACUGAGGCUGCCUUCCACCCUAUCGAGGAGUACAUGCAGCACGUGCACGAGUUCUACGAACGACGUCAGAUGGAGGCCGGCGGCGGGGACGGCAGCCGGCGCUGUGUCUACCUGGCCUCGGACGAUCCGUCUGUGUUCCAGGACGCCGUCAACAAGUUCCCGGACUACACGUUCCUGGGCGACCCGAGCGUCUCCAAGACUGCAGCCGUCUCCUCGCGGUACACGGACGCCUCGCUGCGCGGAGUCAUCACCGACAUCCACGCGCUGUCGCUGACCGAUCACCUGGUCUGCACGUUCUCAUCACAGGUCUGCCGAGUGGCCUACGAGCUGAUGCAGACCAUGCACGUGGACGCGGCCGACUGGUUCACCUCACUGGACGAUAUAUACUACUACGGCGGCCAGUCGCCGCACGAGCAGACGGCCCGGUUCGCUCACCAGCCGGCCGACGGGUCGGAGAUCGCGCUCAGUCCCGGCGACACGGUCGGCAUCGCCGGUAACCACUGGAACGGCUACUCCAAGGGCGAAAACCGGCGACUAAAGAAGGUGGGCCUGUACCCGGCGUACAAGACGCGCGACAAACUGCGAGUAGUCGAGUUCCCGCGGUACCCAGAGGUGCCGCUAGUUCUCUGAUAGUCUGCAGAUACCGGUAGUGCUCUGGCUCGCUAAUGGCGAAUGGUUGAGGCUCGCGGUACCCUCAGGUGCCCCCUGAUGCUCUUCGGUACCGUAGGUGCCCUCCGAUCGUCUACGGUACCAGAAGGUGCUCCCAAUGGCCCAUGAUAUCUGCUGGUACCCUCCAAUGAUCACCGUUACCCGGAGGUGCUCUAUGAAGGCUCACGGUACUCGAAGGUAUCCUCUGAUAGUCCCCCGGUACCCGUGUUUCCGUCGGCUAUCAUUGAUCGUCCCGACAGCUGCGACUUUGAGUGUCGACUGCGGCCGGGGCCCAUUCGGCAUUCUAUGCCCGGCCGGCCGGUGCCGGUGGCCACAAGUUGGCCUAACUCGCCGACCGGCCGGCCGCGCCGUGAGGUACCUUCGGAGUGACACCCGACUGCUCGGCCGGCGCAGCAGAGCAGCGGGCAGAGCCGGGCCGCCGCACACUGGUCGGAAACGCUCCAGCGAGAGGCCAGCGGCCUUUCCGCAAAAGUUUUUUGCUUGUUAUUCCACAACUAGUGAAGCAAACUUCAUAAAACUUUGCAUACCUUCUCUGUCAUAUGUAAGCUAUCAUUUGGAUGUCAACCACUAAAUAUAUGACGUGAAUCUGUUAAGUUAUGACGUCAUAAUUGAGUAUAAUACAGGAUCUAGCACCACU